AUGUGGACAUCCUCCAGAGGCUGGGGCUCAAGGGAGAGAAGCCAUCAAGCUCCAUCCGUCCAGGGAUCAUUCCGUUCCGAUCAGGAGUCAUCCUCACCCAACAGGCACGUGUGGAGGCCCCUGCCCGCUCAGUCAUACCACCAUCCUACUGGCCCAACCUGGCGCUGCUUCUGAGUGUGCGUUCCCACCGUGUCAACAACGCCUUCCUCUUCACCGUGCUCACCGGCCACCGCCGGCUCCUGCUAGGCCUGCAGCUGACCCCGGGGCAGCUUGUCCUCCACACAGGGCCCAAGAGCGCCGUCCCACUCCACUACGACCUCCGCGAUGGCCAGUGGCACCAUCUGGCUCUGGACAUCCGUGACCAAAGGGUGACUCUAUACUCUGCCUGUGGGAAGCAGAGCGUUCACGCAGACUUGACUUCGGUAGACAGAGAAGGCCUGGACCCUGAGAGCUCCUUUCUGCUCGGGAAGAUGGGCCAGGGCUCGGUGCAGUUCGAGGGUGCCAUUUGCCAGUUUGACCUUAUCCCCUCCUCCCAGGCAGCUCACAACUACUGCAGGUACAUUAAGAAACAGUGCAUGGAGGGUGACACCUACAGGCCAAACAUAGCGCCCCUCUUAACCCGAGACCCCAACAUCACGGCCAGCCUGGCCCUGCCAGCUCCCUCUGAGCUGAACAGGAAGCCCAUGGUCAUGAACCUAGCAAGGAGCGCCACUGCAGCUGCCUCUGCUGUUAGGCAUGUGGUGCCGGCCAUCCUGCUAAAGCCCAUCCCUAGGACCACUCCUUCUCCCCUACCUGGUACUGUGAUGUUACUCAUGACAGGGCCUGGGCUAGCCUUCCCGACCAAGGCCCAGAGCGAGACCAUUACAGCACCACUCAGGAAUGGAGUCGCCCCUCCCUCCGCCCCCCAAAACCUACCCCAUCACUCAGAAAUCCCACAAGCCCACCCAUAUCAAGCCCGCCAAUGUCAAGCCCACCCUGUUAAGCCUGCCAAUUUCAAGCCCACCCCUCCCAAGCCCACCCCUACCAAGCCCAUCCUAGCCAAGCCCACCUCUCGCAGCAGCCCCAAGAAGACCACCUUGGGGCUGGAGGCAAAGCAGAAACCCUCUUUCACUGCUGCGGCCAAGCCUACCAAGAAGAAGCCAGACUCUGCCCUUCUAGCCCAGGGGGCAGUCAGCCCUGGGCCAAAGAAACUACUACAGAAACCACAGCCUACAGCACCCAAAAGACAAUUGCCCAGCCUAAAGUCACAGCCACUCGCCAAUUCAAAGCCACCAAUGCACCUGCCAAUCCAAAGCUAUCGAAAGCCACCAAUGCACCUGUCACCCAACGGCCCACCAGACCCACCUAUGCACCCUUUAACUUCCCCGCCACGGGCUGGUGGCAGACGUACGAUGUGGAGCCGACCCAUUUUUCUCUACUUUUGCCAGGACCCCAAGGGCUAAAGGGUGAACCAGGCCUUGCGGGCCAUCCUGGACCACCAGGGAAGUCAGGCACACCAGGGAAGAGGGGUCCUCAGG